UUAGCCUAAUUUGAUUUCAGAGCCCCCGAACACUUAAAAGAGUUGUAGCCUAAAUCUCGUCGGCUCUCAUGGGACUGAGGCAUUCGUCGCGUUGUUUGCUGCUACGGCGGAAGAUGGCGGAGGCGGACAGCUCAGAGAGGCAACAGCCUGUAAUGUCCCCCAUUUCUCAGUCUGCUCAGCCCUCCCCACUGCCUAAACCAGUGCCUACUACCCACCAUGUGCCCUGCGUCCCCCAUACGCCUCAUGUAGCAGCACUGGCCACCUGUCCUGGUCGAGGCAAGAUUGCCAAGUUCAUCAGCCCCGAGGAAAUGACAUCACGGGACUACUAUUUUGACUCUUAUGCUCACUUUGGCAUCCAUGAGGAGAUGCUGAAAGAUGAGGUGCGGACGCUGACCUACAGGAAUGCCAUGUACCACAACAAGCACGUGUUCAAAGAUAAAAUAGUCCUGGAUGUCGGUAGCGGCACUGGAAUCCUCUCGAUGUUUGCUGCCAACGCCGGUGCCAAACAUGUGUACGGGAUUGAAUGCUCAAGUAUAUCUGAAUAUUCAGAGAAGAUUAUCAAGUCGAAUCACCUGCACAACGUCAUUACCAUCUUCAAGGGCAAGGUGGAGGAGGUGGAGCUGCCUGUGGAGAAGGUGGACAUUAUAAUCUCAGAGUGGAUGGGCUACUGCCUUUUCUACGAGUCCAUGCUCAACACGGUCAUCUUUGCCAGGGACAAGUGGCUGAAACCUGGAGGCCUGAUGUUCCCUGACAGAGCAGCGCUCUACGUGGUAGCCAUUGAAGACAGGCAGUACAAGGACUUUAAGAUACAUUGGUGGGAAAACGUAUAUGGGUUCGACAUGAGCUGCAUUCGCAAUGUGGCCAUCAAAGAGCCUCUGGUAGAUGUGGUAGAUCCCAAGCAAGUGGUGACGAACGCCUGCCUUCUGAAGGAAGUGGACAUCUACACUGUGAAGCCAGAGGACCUGUCCUUCACCUCAGCCUUCUGUCUGCAGAUUCAGCGCAAUGAUUACGUCCAUGCUCUGGUCACCUAUUUCACCAUUGAGUUCACCAAAUGUCACAAGAAGACUGGUUUCUCCACUGCUCCAGAUGCUCCAAGCACACACUGGAAGCAGACUGUGUUUUAUUUAGAGGACUACCUAACUGUCAAGAAGGGAGAGGAGAUCUUUGGCAGUCUUGCUGUCAGGCCCAACGAGAAGAAUGUGCGUGACCUGGAGUUCACCCUUGAGCUAGAUUUUAAAGGACAGCUAUGCGAGGCCGCCAUUUCCCACGACUACAAAAUGCGUUAGGAACAACAGACCAAGCCGUGCCGCAGACCUAGCCUCAGCCCCUCUGGUCAGCGAGGGGGAGGGCACAGGCUCUCCAACAAGCAUUCCAGUUUGCCAGGGAGGGCAUCUGGACGCAUCUGAUUGGAUGCCAUCAAGCCAGCAUCUAGGUGAUGUCAUCACAAUAGGCACGUAUCUAUCAGCAAUAGUGCCAUCAUGUGUACCAACUUGACUGACCCGGGCACCUCAUUGAAUGUAUCAUCCUACUUGAUUUUUUUUUUUUGUCUGUUUCUGAGAAUUAUUUUGAUUGAUGUAUGAAAUGAAAAUCAUUUAUUUAUUAUUAUUAUUAUUAUUAUUACUACAAUGAAUGGAAAACGAUUAACUUGUGUGAUGUUAAGAGGAUUAUAGCACAGUCAUUAACUGUUUUACCUUUAGUAACAUUUAUUACAUAUUGUAUAAUUGUAUAGAGAGUACAGUAAUUCAUUGUUUUAUUUUAGCAAGUAUCUGCAUGUGAAUCCUUUUUCAUUUUUUAAUUUCAGAAAGAUGUGAAAUGGAAUUUAUUUCUUCAAUUACUGAGAACUUUGGUGCCAGAAUAAAAGAGAACAAUGCCUCAGAACAGUAACAAACAUGAUGCAAUUAUGCCAUGUACCACUUUGUUUAGAGAUCGGAUGAACAAAGAAUAUGAAAAAAAAAGAAUGUGAUGAAUAAAAUGUCAAAGAAUCAAAUCAUUUAUCCCGCUUUCAUUUCAAACUUGAAGCAAAGAUUCAGUUAUGAAAAGGCUACAGUAUACUUCUGAUUUUUCUCUUAGCUAAAAGGAUUUUAUUUAAUUACAAUAAGAAAUAUUGUAAAUACUACAAACAGACAAUUGUGAUUUAGCAUUUACAGGUAAUGGCACAACUUUUUGUUUUACUGUGGAGAAGCUCCUUUCCAUUAAAGUUUGACAGCAGUUUGGUUACAUAGACUAUAUGGACUUCUACCGUAUAUUGAUUUAAGCAUUUACUGCCUUCCUGGUUUUAAAGUCCAUUACUGUUUUCAGUUUUGUCUUCAAACAUUUUAAUCUCCACAGACCUAAAAAAUGAUCUACCUCUCAAUAAACUGAGUAUAGCAGUACAAAGUUUUUUCUUCCUAUGGUUUCAGGUUUUCUUUGUGUUAGCUGAGUCUUCACUUGCAGCAGGCUUUCUUCUUCACAG